UCGUUUUGUUUUGUUUACGAACGGUUACUUGACAGCGCGUGCCCGCCAGGCGAUUGCCGACCACGACGACGACUUGCAAGCGAAGCGAACUGCCGCUGCCGACCACACGACUGCAGUGUGUGAUAAUAGUGUUUUUGUUACGGCGGUACGUAACACGGUAAUUCGCGAUGAAAACGAGUGCGUCGAGUUUGGAGGCCCACGAAGGUCACAUGACCGCGUCUCGGCAUCCGCCGUUGGCCCGUUAACGUCCGUUUUUUUUCGCGCGCUCGCUGACGACGCACACGCACUGCAGGCCUACUCGCUACUACGACAGCUGUGCGUGUGCGCGCGAUUUUCGUGUCCACGGAUCGCGGGCAUAACAAUAUCACAACUCCAGCCACCUAUCAUUUCCAUCGUUAUUUCUUGUUGGUGACUCGAUAGUCCGUAUUAUCCUGCCUCGAGACAACCGUGGUGAUCAUCGCUGUGCGAUUAGUCCUCAGGGGUGCUGUACGUCCCAGCGGACGAUCCCGCGCUAUAUUAUUUUGUUUAUUCUGUAUUCGGUUAUCGUCCGAAUAACGGUCGCCAGUAGUGGUUGUUGUUGUAGUGAUAACAACGCGAAUCAUGUCUGGCAGACCAAAGCGCAGAGGCCGUCCUCCGAAAACUCCGGGUUCAGACAAACCCAAGUUUCAAAUGCACUUGCUGAAAAAACCCAAGUACCUGCAGAACCUCGAGACUGUAGACGUUGUCCAAUCUCCAGCACCAGGGCGGUCUGCAGCCUCAAGACGCAGCGCUCCUGCGUCUGUUGGUAAUCGUACCGUACCUGUUGUCGAAACGCCAUCGCGUAGCACACGGCGAUCUAAUCAAAAGCCCAAAACGCCCAAGACGCCAGUUGUACCAAAAUCUAGGACACUGCGUCCUUCGACUAGUAAGAAGAAGAAUAAGAAAAAGACUACUGUUGACAAAAGUCAUGAUUACCACUACGGUUCUGACUUUGAUGAGUCUGAAAAGAGUGAAGAGCCCUCUGAGAGUGAACAGUCUGACACAAAUGUUGAAGAUGUUGAUGAUGUUAGUGACAGUGAUUUCUCCGUGUCUAGCUUUUCUGUAGCCAGCCGUGCACGUAAAAGCAAUGUUUCUUAUAUUAGAAAUCCCAGUCCUGAGCCAUUAUGGCUUAGGGGUGAAGAAAUACCCAAAUUGGAAUUACCCAAAUCCUCAGAAGAUCUCCUAGUGCCCACUGAACAUGUCAUGCAGGCAUUGAGCGUUUAUGAAGUGUUAAGACGGUUUAAAAGUCAGGUGCGAUUGUCUCCAUUUCGAUUUGAAGACUUUUGUGCAGCUCUUGUUUAUGAAGAGCAAAGCUACCUGUUGGCAGAGAUUCAUAUUAUGCUGCUUAAAGCAAUAUUACGAGAAGAAGAUUUACAACAGACUCAUUAUGGUGCUGUCGAUCAAAAAGACAGUAUCAAUAGUGUAUUGUAUUUUAUGGAUACUAUUACAUGGCCUGAAGUAUUACGAGAAUACAUUGAAUCUGAUAAAUCAUUUGAUCCACAAGUUCUAAAAGUAUUUAAUAAUGGAGAUGAAUAUCCAUUUACAAACAUCAAAAAUAGAUUAUCUGUACUGCAGUUUUUAACUGAUCAAUUUUUAACGUCUACUCUUAUUCGAGAAGAUUUUAUUCAUGAAGGUCACAGUUUUCAAUAUGAUGAUCAUUGCCGAGUGUGCCAUAAAAUGGGUGAUCUUUUAUGUUGUGAGACCUGCCCAGCUGUAUUUCAUUUAGAGUGUGCUGAGCCUCCUUUACAUGAUGUUCCUACAGAAGAUUGGCAAUGUAAUUUGUGCAAAGAGCAUAAAGUCAUUGGAGUAUCUGAUUGUAUACCUGAUGAUGAGAAAUCUGGUUUAUCGUCCCGUCAGGACCACUUGGCUUAUGACCGACAUGGUCGUAAAUAUUGGUUUCUAGUUAGAAGAAUUUUUAUUGAAAAUGAAGAAACUGGAGAGUGUUGGUAUUAUACAACAGAAGAACAGCUAGGAUUAUUAAUAGACUCAUUAGAUCGUGAAAUGGAAUCUACUCUUUUCAACGAAAUAGAAAAAGUCAAAGAAGAAAUUAAUCGACAAAUGAAAAUAACUAUGGACUUAACUUUACAGUAUCGACCAUCAAAUAGAAAAACAUUUUUGGAUAUAGAAAACAGUUAUAUAAUAAGUAUGAGAGAAGAGAUGCAAAAGAAAAAAGAAACUGAAAUGUCAAAGAAUGAUGGUAACAGUGAAGAUAGUACUGACAAUGUGAAGGAAGAUAAUGAAUCAAAAAAAGAAAGUAAACAAGAAAAUUCAGAUGAUGUAUCUGUAGACAAAAAUGAAAAUGAAGAUGGUAGUGGUGACUCAAAAAAUGAUGAAAAUUCGAUGGAUGUUGAUGAUAGUGAACAUAAUCAUAGUUUAAGGAGUACUCGUAACAGAUCCUUACGUUUAAAACCUGCACAAGUUUCACAACGCCCAACGCCAGAACAACCGAAAAAAAUACCUGUGAUUGAAAAACCUUCUCCAGUUCAUUCGUAUUUAGAUAACUUGGGUACUAGAGUAACCCGAUUCAAAGCUCAACACAUAGCAGCUGGUACCUAUUUAUACAAACUUGGAAUGGAUAAUAGCUUUAAGACAUAUGUAAAUCAAUACAGUACAAACCCCACUGCAUUAAACAAGAUUCAAAAAAAUGAAGAACGUGAUAAAAAACGAUAUAUGUCCCACAAAUUUUCACUUACGGGACCUGGUGAAUUCAAGUGGUGUGGACAAAUAUUUGGUGCUCGUUCAACACUGAUAAGUACUGUCAAACAAACUAUUAUUUCAUUAGACAACUUGUUACCAUCAUCAUUGAUGCAUAUCAACUGGUCAGUGUUACGUAAACCUUGGUUAAAUCAAGUUAAUUCUUGUUCUACUCCCAAGGAUUUUGCAAGAGUUAUGGUUGUUUUGAUGUCUUGCAUUAAACCAGUUGUUUAUGCACCAGUCUGGCACGAACAACUUGGACAUGUUAAAAUUUAUCGUAUUACUCAUGCAGAACGGGAAGAAAAGAAAAAAACAGACAAAAAAGAUAAAAAAGAUAAAGAUGCAGAAGAAGAUGAGCGUAAUAGAUUGACCAUACAUUUUGUCAAGUAUACUCUAGGUUUGAAACAUCAAGUUCACAAACAAAAAGGAGAAGAAUAUAGAAUUCAUGGUCAAUGGGGAUGGCAGUGGCUAUCAAAAACAAGAGAUUAUAAAUUAGCUGAUUCUUCAAAACAAGGUUUAGCAGCUGGACCUGCCAAAAGAAUUUUUCAAGGCAAAGAUGAUAAAGGAGUUCGAACAUUUUCUAUCGCCGAAACACUUUACGACUCUAUAAUAUUAAAAGAAUGUACAUUUGACUCAGAAGUGUCAAGUAAAAUUCUUGAUGACCAAAGUGUUAUACAUUUAGAUAGUGUUUCAGAUAUUGAUUUUGUAAAUAUGAAAAUCCUUUCACCCAUUGACAAACUUGAUGAUAACAUUGAUAUAAGCAGUACAUUGUGUUCUACUAGUCGUAUAAUGUAUCCUAAACUAGCCAAAAAAUGUAAAACUGACAUGUUAUUGCCAAGAAGAAUGCAAUUAAAAUUAGCUGAAGAAAGAUCAAUAAUGACAAAAAAUACGAAUGCUUCAAAAACAGUUCCAGAAGCUGUAAAUACUAAGCCUUCAAGUGCUCCUCAAUUGUCUUCUGAAGUCUUGGCACAAAUAUCAGAAAAGUCCAGCUUAUUGUGCAAUUUACAAAAACGUGUGAUUCAACUCAAACAGCAUUAUUUAUCGUUUAAUACAAUGUCUGAGCACAUGAUAUGCUAUAAUAGUAGCUGUCGAGCCGUUAACAAAACUACUUUAACUGACUCGUGUUAUAGUCCACUUUGUAUUAGACAUGUGAGUGUACGAAAUGAUCUUCUAGCAUUAUUACGAAGAAUGAAUAUAUUAAAAUCAGAACUAACAGCAUUAAAAGCAACAAUACCUAAAGAUUCGGGUGUAUUAAAUAUAAAGACUGAAAAUACUGAUAAUACUUCAGGCGAACCAGUUCAAAUUAAAACUGAAGUUAAAAAAGUAGAAAAUAUUGUAGUUAAAAGUGAACAGGUAACUCAAGAAAAUGAUCAAGUUAAAACUGAGAGUAUCGCCAAUCAAAAAGAUAUAAAAACAGAAAGUGAAGAUGAACAAAAUGUGAAAGUUGAUGUCAUCAGCAGUCCUACUGGUCUAAGUGUUUUGAAGCCGGCAAGGAAAAGAGGUGGUGCUAAGCGGGAAGGCGUUUUAGUAGAUUGUAUAGAUGAUGGACGUAUUUAUUCUACUGAAGAUACACGAAAAAAGAUUUAUUUAAAGAAGCUUUCGAGUAAUAAUGUUCCUGUUAAAAAGAAAGCAGAGAAAAUUAAGUAUCCUCCUACUUCACGAUUUUAUACACGUAGUAAACGCUGCAGUUUAUUAGUAUUACCUAAACACGAGCUUCAAAAAUUAGCUAGACGCGGUGGACAUGAUAUUGUAAAUGGUUUCAAUCCAAAUAGCAAAACCAAUAAUGCUGUGUGGCCAUAUCCUUGUCCAAGACCAUAUUUUAAAACAUGUUGGCUUUAUAGAACAAUAAUGUUUAACACCAUAUCAGCUGCUGCAUUACAAUUAAGAAUCUUGUGGGCGUGCCUAAAAUGGGAUGAGUUAACUUCUAAAACUGCUCAUUUGGCUAGUAAACGAGAAGUAACAACUGAAACUGAAUUAAUUACUACAGAAACUUUAGAGUGCCGUACUUCAGGCCAGUUCAAUGAACAUACUGAAUAUUUAAUACGCAAAGUUGUAAUACCAUUAGAUAUACCAAAACAAGUCAGGGAGGUGACACCCAUACGAAGUGGUUUAAGAAAACGUAAAAGAGAGGAAGCUCCAAGAAACACUGCACCACAGGUAUCUGAAGUGUGGGUAGAUGAAAGUAAAUUGGAGCUGGUAGAAAUUAAGCAGUUCCAUGAAAGAGUGGAACGUGAAAUGCAAAUGCAACAAGCCAUGAAAACACGUGCAUCUUCAGCUUUUGCUAAUAAAUUAUUGCAUAAUGAUUCUUCUCACAAUCGAAAUAUAAAUGAUAAACUUCGUUUACAAAACUCAGAUGCAACUGAAAACAUAAAAGAGCAACUAGAACAGUCUCUCAGAGCCCAAAGAAUAGCUUAUAAAAGAUCAUCAGUAAAUAAUGAUAAUAACUCUUCAAAUAAGAAAUUGUGCAUGGAAGUAUCCAACUCACAGAGUCUGGUGACUAGCAGUUCAACACAACGUAUGAAACUUGUACCUGGUGAAGGUGGAAGAUUAAGGCUGAUGCCUAAUAAUAAACCUUUAGCUCAAAGUCCUACUUUACUUCAAUCUUCCCCACGAGUUGUCAAUAAACCAACUACUACUACUACUAAUACCACUCCAUCUACUCGACGUAUAUUCAUGACUAAAUGUCCAGAUGGUAAAACCAGACUUGUGACAACACCAAAAACAAUAAUCACUGACACUAGUGUAAUAAAUCAAAACUCAAUGAAGAUUCAAUCGUCAAACUCACAAAUAGUAACAACUAAUAAUGUUACACAACAAAAAUUACAAUGUAUUAAAGGUGAAGACGGAAAAUUACAAUUCAAAGGUCUUUUACCAGGACAACAACUUAUUCAACUACCCGAUGGAAAAUUGCAUGUGACCAACUACAUAAAUUCUAGCCCAUCUCGAAAUGUGCAGAUAGCUAAGAAUACAAUAUUGACAAAUAAUAAUAAUUUUCAAAAGUCUGGAACUCAAACAAUUAUUUUGAAUCGAGCAUCACAGCCUAUUCAACAAGUUUUAAAACCUCAAACAUCUCAAGUGGUAGUUUCAGGUGGACAGCUAGUAAAUGUUUCACAAGGUCAACAAAUGAUUGUGCAACAUAUUAAUCCAAAUAAAGCUACUAUAGCCACUAUUAAUGGACAACAAGUUCUAAUACGACCUAAUACUAGUACCUCUGCCAAUAUAAUAAGUAGUGGUGGCCAGACAAUUAAGUUUGUACGACCUCAGCAAAAUGUACAAAAAGUUAAUCAAUCUGUACCUCCACUAUCACCUAGAGUUACUCAUACAACUGGAAUUGUUCAAGACCAACAUAGAUCAGUACCAACUGUAUCCGCACCAAUUGUUGAUGAACAAGAAAAAUUAUUAUUAGCUAAUCAGCCCCCUGGUACAGUAAUAAAAUGUAUCACUGCUCAAGUUAUUCAAAGUCCAACACAAGGUAAUAAAAUAGUGUUACAAGGGUUGCAAGGUAAUGAUUUCACACCUCAACAAUUGCAACUUGUACAGCAACAAGUUAAACAACAACUCUUAAAAGCCCAAGAAUCCAGCGGUACUCAAGGAGUGUUAGGCCCUACAAAAAUUUAUCUAGCUGUUCAACCACCAGAUUCUCAACUCCCUCCUGUGCAAAAAACUGGAAUUGUACCACCCGUCACAACCCAAGCUACGGUUAAAAUUGAACCUUCUCCUAAGCCAUCAGUUUCUGUUUCAAACAACAUCUCAGAAAGCUUAACUCAAACUAAAACUGAACCACCAUCAAAGUCUCCAGUUAAUAAAACCCCGGUUAGUAAGGAAGAGCUAACUGAGUCCUCCAAUUCAUUUGUAGUGACUCCAAACUAUAUUAGUCAAUCUAUUAAAAAUGUCUUGAAAAAUGAAGAUUUAAAUCCAGAAACACAAGAGAAACUGUUACAAUUACAAAAAUAUCAAGAACAAAAAUUGCGUGAUCCAGUACCGCAACCUACAGUAACUGCAUCUUCUGUAAGAAAACGAUCUUGUGAUGCCGAUAAUUUGUCAGAAUUUGAACCACCCAAAAAAACAACUGAACGUGAUAAUUCUGGGCUGCUGGUGCCUCCUGAACAGUCAAAAUUGUAUCAGACUCUAAAACAAGGAGAUGAUCUUCGUAAAAUGCAACAACUUCAAUCAAAACUCCAGAAUGAAAUAGCUGCUAACGUAACUGUUUCAUCAGCUGAUUCUACGACCACAUCCACUAAUGUGACUGAAAAGUCUAACUCAAUAACACCAGUUUCUACACAAGUGACUCCUCCUCCUCAACCUCAAGGUAGUAGCAAACGUAAACACGCUUCAGGUCCACCAACCACCAUACAAACUACACCACAUGCCAAUACUAAUUCCAAAACUAGUAAUUUGGGCCCUGGUCGACGACGACCAAUGAAGACUUCUCCUCCAGCACCAAAUCGUAAUCAUUCACGACCAUCAUCAUUAACGCCAGUUAAAAAAUCCAGCCCAAAGAAAAGUAAAAAAGAAAAAAUUAUGUGUCUAUGCCGAACACCUUAUGACAGUUCUAAGUUUUAUGUUGGCUGUGAUAUGUGUCACAACUGGUUCCAUGGUUCUUGUGUCGGCAUCACUGUGCAAAUGUCUAAAAGAAUUUCUGAAUGGUUUUGUCCAGAGUGCAAGCGAUCUAGAGAUCCUGAAGUUCUCUAUUGUAUAUGUAAAAAACCAUAUGAUGAUCAACAAUUUUAUAUUUGCUGUGAUAAAUGCCAAGACUGGUUCCAUGGUAGCUGUGUUGGUGUAUUACAGUGUGAGGGCGAUAAAAUGGAUGACUACAAUUGUCCUAGGUGUAUGUCCAACUCUGAAAUCAAUUUUGCUAAUUUGAAAUCAUUGAACCAACAAGACAACGAUGACUUAUUGAAACUCAUCAAACAAAUACAUUCGCAUAAAAGUGCAUGGCCUUUCAUGGAUCCAGUAGAUCCUCAUGAAGCUCCUGAUUAUUACAAUGUUGUCAAGGAGCCUAUGGACUUGAAUUGCAUUGGUAAAAAUGUGACCGAUAAGAAGUACAAGAAUCUCACAGAAUUCAUUCGUGAUAUGAUCAAGGUUUUUGAUAAUUGUAGGUAUUAUAAUCCACGUGAGUCGCAAUUCUAUAAGUGUGCCGAAAUCUUAGAACAGUUUUUUGUGUCAAAAUUGAAAAAUCUAAGGGACAAAUUUUGUGAACAAUACAUGGAAGUCUAAAAAAUAGUUUUCAAUUAUUGUGAUAAUUUUCUUAGCAUCAUACAUUUAAAAUGUUUUUUU